AACGAGGUCGGCAAGGAAGACAGAGGAGUGGUGGCAGUGCCACCAGAGGUGGCUGGUGAAGCAGAGGUAGAAGACAGAGGACUGCUCCCGGCUGAUGUUACCACAGUGCUGGUGCUGGGAGCAGGGAGAAACAAGAACUACAAGAGAGGUGGGGGUUCUCUGAACCAGCAGAACCCAUAGCAGAUAGCAGAUGCAAGAUCAUCGAUUCCUGAAAGGCCAGAAGCAGCAUAAGAAGAUUGCAAGAAUCAAAGGCACCCCUGGGGAGCCAUGCAGGGUGAGACACUGAGGAUGUCAGGAAGUGACAACGAAUCUAUAGGGGAAAGGUGUCCUGGUGAUGCUGGCUUGACCGCUGUGUGACAAAAGGCUGGGGAAACUCAGCAAAAGAAAGAGUGUGCUUGGAAAUCCUGUUUCUAUGAGCAAGGUCACAGUCUUAUCCAUCUGGUGUCCCACAGCACCUCCUGCUGACCUAGGGAGGUCAGUGCUGAAGGACCCGGGGCCACCCAAGCCAACAUUUCUCCUCCUGUGGCCCGAGCUCAACCUCUUGGCAAAGAACUGAGGGUCACACCCAACAGCAAACAGACCAGCCCCUCUGCAGACCCUUGUGAUGUGACACACUCUCAAGUCCAAUCCAUCAUUUGGCACGUGGGGAAACUGAGGCCUGCACAAAGAGUGCAACUCUCCAGAGAUCUCACUGACAGCAGCCCUGGGCAAGUCCAUGGAACCCCGUGGAUCUCCUGACAUCUGCGCUUCUUAGCCUGGCUCUUCUGGACAGCAAGAGUAGGGUGCACUACAAAUGUAAAAACCCUCAGAGAUGAGGACAGCAGCUUCACGGCCUCCCCCUCCUCAGAAUCCUGGGACAAAAUGCAGGCUCAGGACACACAAGUUGGCUCUGGGCCACCAGUCAGAGGUGGAGCAGCGGACCAGGGCUCCCUGCAGGUGGACCCCAGCUGCCCCUGUGCUGCAGACACUCUGCCCUUCAGGUUUCCAAUGUGCAGCUCUAGCCUAACGCUCCUGGGUGCUUGGACACUAUCCCUAAGUGUCAAGCGUCUUCGAAACCCCACUGCCCUUUCCCUCUCCUGCUUGCUGCUUCUUGAAGCCUCCGAGAAAGGAACUAAAGAGUCCCACAGAAACCACCUCAUGGAUGCCAGUCCCACCAAUACCAGCAGCUGCCUCUGUCCCAGCUCUCCGCUCCAGGCGCUGCUGACAUCUGGGCACCAUUCCCAUUGGCUAAGGCCACUAACCCCAGCCCAGCUAAGUAUAGUCUGCUCCCUGGGGGAUUCCUGCCCACCCUGGUGUCCUGUCCUUGACUCCAGCAUCACAUCCUGGACCUGGACCUGGACCAACAGUGACCUGUCCCCUGAGUCUGUCCUGUCUUUCCACUUGCUAAGCUAUCGUUAGCCAGUGAUAACCCUGGGCAAUAAGCUGUCCAGGCCAUCUCCACAGAAACUUAUGGUCAUAGAGAUUAGGUGACAGGCCUGUCCUACAACUGGCUGUCUUGGAGUGACAGAAGGGCAAGACUCUAACAUUAGCAGGGCCUUAGGGCUCCAAAUUCCACAGCUUCUGCCUCAUGCUUUCUCACCGUUUGUUUGCACCUUGCUAAUAAUGCAUAAUUACUACUCCUGCAGCAGCGCCUAAACCGUUUCCAACCACAGCCCUGGCCCUUAGGCCUGCUCUUUAGUAGGUGACACGGUCUAGCCAGCACGGAGUCCUCGAGGAGGGGUCCAGGACGCAAAAAGGCAAACGCAGGGGACCUCGAUGUGGAGGACAGAGCCUCGGGGUGCCUGAAAAGGAGAGCGCGGAGACCAGGGAAAUGACAGCUAGGGGGGUGCAUCUCCAACGUUCCCUCCCACCACCCCUAUCCCCGCACCGCACCCAGACUCCGAAGUCCGAGAGGCUGUCUUUGGUGCCAUCUAGCGUCCACCUUCAACGAGCGCUGAGCGAACCUGGCGCUAAUUGUCCCCGCCUGUAUAUGCCAGGCCUGCGGGCAUCCGUUCCCGCGCAGCAGGCGGGCUAGGGAAUCUCCUGGUUUGGAGAGCUAGGAACCGCGCGUCCCAGGGCCGGGAUUUACUAUGGAUUGGAAAGGGCGCCACCGUCUGCCGCGAGUCCCCGAAAUCUCCGACCUUCGCUCCUUGCCGGUGGCGGACGCAUGCUUGGAGCUUGGAGGGGAGCGGGGUCGCCAGAACGAGCAUACGAGCGCGUCCCCGCACGCCCACGCCGCGUCCCGCAUCACUGCGCGCGAACGCGCACGCACGUCGCGACGCUCGCCCAUGCAGACUGGUCUCCCACAGCUGCCUGGUGCACCGACCCCGUCGCCCCCCGCGGGUAGACCUUUUGCGCCCUGAAGUCUUGUGGGUGCAAUUCUGCACACUAUUCCUGGCGUCCCUUCGGGCGCGGGGACGCCGCCGUGGCACCACUCUCCCCAUGGGUAACCCCUGGAGGGUGGGGUGCGGGGGCUCUGCGCGGCUCUGGCUACUCCGAGCUGGUGAGGGGGAUGGGUUGGGGGGAACGCAGAGACCAGGCCGCUCCCACCUGCUGGCCGCUGCGACCAAUGAAAGCUUGGGCUGGUGAUGUCAUGCCCCUGCCGGACCUUGGUGACGAAGUCCGAGGUCACCCGUGAAGGAACCAGUGGCGCAAGCCCACCCGCGGGGCUUCCGGAAGUUUCCACUGCUGCAGCCUCGCCCCACAGCCUUGCGCGCACCUCUGGCCUAUCUUCUCAGAUGUCCCCGUGUCACCCCCUCCUCCCCAUGGGGUUCUCCAUCCUCCAUGGGAGCUCCCUUCAUUUGCCCCUUGAGAUCUCAUAUUCCCAUCUCCAUUCCUACAGGUGUCUCCUCAUCCCCAGGCAUAUCCUACGUCGUUUGCACCAACCGUGGCAUCCUGAGGGGGUCCUCAUCCCCACUUUCACGUGUCGCUCCACCCACGCCACCCCUGACUGUGUAGUGGCUAGAGAUGCUCAUUUAUUCGGCUCUUGCUCUAACUUCCCGGCUUCCACCGAGGCUGUCCCUGUGUCCUCCGUCUGUGAAAGUCAGUUUGUCUGUGUCUGUCACUACAGGAGACUGUCUCCUGCCCGCGUGUGCCUCGGUCCGUCUGUCAUCUGGGUAUCUGCCCCACCAGUGCGGGUCUUUGGGUCGUGUCCAUCUGUCUGGCAGUGUCUGUCACAGUGCAUCUGGGCCCCGGGGUCCCGGCUCGGAGGGAGGGACGUGGAGGGGAGGUGGCGACCCGGGGAGCGGGCAGGGCCGGGGGCGGAGACUGGGCGGGGGCGGGCGGGGGCGCCGCGCGGCCCGAGGGGUGUGUGCGGGGGGCCGGAGGCGGCGGCUGUCGCAGUCGGCUCAGCCUGCGCCGGGGAAGAGCGGCCGCCUGCAGCUCCCGGCGCACCCCGGCCCAGUUCGGCCGCCUCAGGUGAGUCCUCUGCCCCGCCCGGGACCCUCCCUGGCCGGCGGCCCCUCGGCGCCACGGGAAUCGCGUGUUCCCGGAGCGAUGUAGGCCCUCAAAAGGGGCGCCCAGCGCGCCCCUCGCCGCCGCGUACUCCUCCGUAACUCUCCUCGGCCGCCGCGUACUUACCCACUCCCCGCGGGGCCAGCUGUCGCCACUCCACCCGCGUCCCUGCAGAGACCCCAGAGAUCCCCUUCCCCACUGCCCCCCGAGACUGGGGACUUUGGUAGACGACCCCUGUUUGGAGUGGAGCCCAAAUUGCGCAGGUUCUUGGCGCCUGGCUGCAUCCCAGACGCUCGUAACCAGGGCCGCGACCCCUGCGCAGCGUCCAGCCCAGGCCCCUCUGAGGCCCAGGAACUCCCUCCCUAGGAGACACCGUCUCUUUCUCGCUCUCUCUCUCUCUCUCUUUUUUUUUUUUUUUUUUUUUGGAGUUGGGGGGAAGGGGAGGCUCAGCGGAAGCCCCGAGUUAUAAUUAGCCCCACUCGGGUUUCCUAGUUAAUCUCCAGCAGUACCAGCACCCCAGCUCAUAGCGUCGGAGACUGGGUGAGGGGUAAUCGCCGGGAGGGGGCGGGGGGAGUUCCGACCUGGGGAAUUUUGAUCCCUUGGCUGGAGAUGCCGGAACCACAGCAGCUGCUGCCCCAAAAUAGCGUCCUCGCCCCUACAGCCGGGGAUCUCCAGAGCUCCUGGAACACUGGCGUCCUGGCUUGCCGUUCAGGUUCUUCUGUGAUGCCCGCGAGCCCCUAGACCCCCACCCCAAGUUCCCGGCUCCGGGUCUCGGGGCGGGGAGAGCCUUUCUCUCCUCAGUCUCUACUGCCCCCCGCUGGCGACGGCGUGCACUGCAACGUCUGUCGCGCCGGGGCUCUAGACUGGGGGACCAUGGCUAGCAUCCAAGUGGGCUAGGCCUUCGUCAUAUCGGGUAAGGGGGGCGGGGUACAGAACCACUGAUAGGAACCGGCGGGUACCAGAGCUCAGAGCCAGACAGCAAAGGAGGCGCUGAAGGGUGUGGCGCAUUGUGGAGGAGACAGGAUUUAGGGUACCCCAGGACCUAGGGCUCCCACACUUGAAUGCCCAACCCACUCCCCCAGGGCCCUGGCCCUGGCCAACCAA